UUAUUCUUUUGCACCCCUCAUUUGUUUUCUAAUAUAUAACUCCUUACCUUCAACACACACUGCUUCUCCCUCUCACUCUUUAGUAAUAAUAGUAAUUCAUAACAAAUGGAAGCACGUGCAGGAGCCAAUCUCCGUAUUGCAACAAUCUCUGCUCAUCUUCAGCCUCCAAAUUUUCAGGAAGGAAGUGAUGUUCUUCUUAAGAGAGCUGAGUGCAGAGCUAAAGGUGGAGCACCUGGAUUCAAAGUGGCUAUUUUGGGGGCUGCUGGGGGAAUUGGUCAAUCCCUUUCUUUGUUGAUGAAGAUGAAUCCAUUGGUUUCGGUUCUUCAUCUUUAUGAUGUUGUCAACACCCCUGGUGUCACAGCUGAUGUUAGUCACAUGGACACUGGUGCAGUGGUUCGUGGCUUUCUGGGGCAGCCACAACUUGAGAGUGCACUCACUGGCAUGGACUUGGUAAUUAUACCUGCUGGGGUGCCAAGGAAGCCUGGGAUGACUAGGGACGAUUUAUUUAAAAUCAAUGCAGGAAUUGUGAGGACCCUGUGUGAAGGAAUUGCCAAGUGCUGCCCCAAUGCAAUUGUCAACUUGAUUAGUAAUCCAGUGAAUUCCACUGUUCCAAUUGCUGCGGAGGUUUUCAAGAAAGCCGGUACAUAUGAUCCAAAGCGAUUACUUGGUGUUACAGCCCUUGAUGUUGUGAGGGCAAAUACUUUUGUGGCAGAGGUACUUGGAGUUGAUCCAAGAGAGGUUGAUGUUCCAGUUGUGGGAGGUCAUGCUGGGGUCACAAUUUUGCCUCUUUUGUCACAGGUUAAGCCUCCCAGUAGCUUCACUGCAGAAGAAACUGAAUACCUGACAAAUCGCAUCCAAAAUGGUGGAACUGAAGUUGUUGAGGCAAAAGCUGGGGCUGGUUCUGCAACACUAUCAAUGGCAUAUGCAGCUGCCAAGUUCGCUGACGCAUGCCUGCGUGGUUUAAAAGGAGAAGCUGGGGUGGUGGAGUGUGCUUUUGUUGAUUCUCAGGUUACGGAACUUCCAUACUUUGCAACCAAGGUACGUCUUGGACGCGCUGGAGCAGAAGAGGUUUAUCAACUGGGUCCCCUGAACGAGUAUGAAAGGAUUGGGUUGGAAAAAGCAAAGAGAGAACUAGCAGGAAGCAUCCAGAAGGGUGUAGAAUUCAUCAGAAAAUAAAUGUGAUCAGGGAAAACUGGUUUUUGUCUCUUUUAUAUAAGUGACCUUGUGUAAUACUUCCCUUUGUUCAUAGUAAUUUUUUUUUCUUAUGAAUAGUACUCUAAAUUUUUGGUGUCAUCCGUAACUGCUGAUGAUAACGGAAUUGACAUCAGUGGAACCGCAUAAUGAUCUGAAAGAUACUAGUAAUAUCGGGCCUUUUGAACUGUUUCCCAGA